GUAGACCACAUAUAAACGACCGCUCGGCGACACAACAACCAUAGACCAAGGUUCAGUACCACAAUUGCGGCAUCAAGAAAGCUUCAACGUGAAUACAGGAUAUAAAGAAUGUCGACAAAGAUUUUAUCACUCGCUUUCCUUGCGCUCUGUUUGUUCGUCAUGUGGGAUACAACAGGAGCGUCUUACGCAGCUAAACGACAUCCACAACAAAUGUAUUGUGAUGCAGAAUAUGUGUUCAGAUUUAAAGUGAUGAGGAAGACAUCUGGACGAACGAAACGUGGAUUCAUGUCACCAAUGACACCAAAAAGCACAUUGUUGAAGUUGAACGCUUUUAUAAAGGAGAGGAAAUGGUUCGUUCAAUGAAGGAAUCAAAUGGGAACGCAGCGCCAAGUGAUUCAUUUUCUGCUUCGAAGAAACUUUUCGUAGAGAUAUGCUUAAAUUAUGGUCGACAAGAAUUGGAAGAGAACAAAAAAUAUUUCUUCUUCGGCAAAAUGUUUCGUUUUGCAAACAAAACGAUGAAACCAGCCGACAAACAAAUGAUGAUGGCUGGAAUGACAAACGUCAUACCAGAAUCCUCGAUGACGAAAUUAAUGAAAAGAGGUUUACGUAAGAAAUACGCGAAAGGAUGUCGCCAAAAUUGCAAAGUGAAGACAGUUUGGUGGGAAAGUCAAAAAGUCACAAAACACUUAAAUCACUGCACGUGGCAAGACCGUGACAUGACAUUCGGUCAAACUGACUGCGUUGGAAAGGAAGAUUUCUGUUAUCGCGCUAAAGAUGGCUACUGUCAGUGGAGAAAACAAGAAAUUUCCAAAGAUGCCAAGCUAAUAACAAACUGCUAAGACGUAUGCCUUGAAGGAGAAUGAAGUAAAAACAAACUGAGUAAAAUACAUAUCACUAAUUGGAUAAUGAACAUGCAGUUAUUUGCAUGAAACCAAUAUCAACGUAUCUUCAACUGAAAGUGAAUCGCUGUUUAUAGUCCUUGUGUGUUUAUGUGUUUCUGCAUUCGUUCGUGGCUGGAAAUUGAAACGUCUCCUUGUCACCAGUUGUUUUAAACCUGUAAAUAUAACACGAAGAACACAAUUAAAUGUAUAAUUGAACUUGA